UGUGGAAUGUGAAAAAACAGUGGAGCCUCCUCGUUGAGGCAUAUCACGUAUAUAUAUAUAUAUAUAUAAAAUUUUCUAUUAACACAGCCAUUGUAACCUUCGAUAAUUAGGAUUUCGAAUAUUUAACGUCGAUUGCGCGUCAGCUGCGCGCAGCAUCAACAAUAAGAUCGAUAAGUUGGGAUAUGCAAUCUCUUGCUAUAUCACAAUUAACAUAACAUAGAGAUGAAUAUUAUUCAUUACGCUGUUAAUCACAGGAAGUGAAAUUGAAAUUUCUUGAAGGUCACAUACUAUGGCUGCCAAAAAGCUUGUUUACCCAGCGGCGGACCGCAAUAAGGAUCCGAUACUAUCGGUUUUAAAACGAUACAUUCAACGUGGCACAAAUCAGACCUUCCUGGAAAUAUCCUCUGGCUCGGGGCAACACAUAGCGCAUUUCGCACCGCAUUUUCCACAUGUUACAUUUUAUCCCUCGGAAUACGAGCCGCGACUUUUGGAUAGUAUCGCCGCGCACGCGAACGGAUACUCUAAUAUAAAGAGUCCCAUCAGAAUUGACAUCACCACGGACUUCCGACUGUGGAGUAACGGUAUCUUCAAGCCGAACAGUUUAGAAUACAUAUACAACGCGAAUAUGAUGCAUAUUUCGCCGUACCAGUGCACAAUCGGUUUAUUUAACAAUGCGGGGCAGUUGCUGAAACCAAACGGAUUACUGAUUACGUACGGACCAUAUGCUUUUGAUGGCCAGAUCACUCCGCAAAGUAAUGUAAAUUUCGACAAAUCGUUGAAAUCGCAAGAUCCAAGUUGGGGUUUACGAGAUGUAAGAGACUUGAAAAAGUUAGCUGAAGAGAAUGAUAUUAAAUUAAUCGAAGUCAUAGACAUGCCUGCUAAUAAUAAAACGUUAAUUUGGAGAAAAUGUAUGCAUUCGUGAAGGUUUAAAACUGAUCAGAUUUGUUGCGCGAUUAAAAAAUUUUCGCUGAAUUCUUGAACUUAUAAGUCUAUUUUUAUUUAUUUGAAUUAAAAUAUUAUUUUUUGACGCCUGAAUGAUCAUUCGAAAUAAAUUUUUAAUAUUUCUACAAUAUUUUAUUCUAUAAUAUUUUUUAUAUAUUCUGCGUAUACUAUUAAAAAUAUCUUACAUACAUAUAAAAAUAUAUAAUAUAUAUGCUAUAUCUUAUAUUUACGCUUAAAAUCUAAUUCCCGAUAAAUCUGAGAUUUUGGUAUGAAACUUGUAAAA